UAAGAGUUGAUUGUGAUAUGACAUAUUCUUUAUCAUUUCCUUUAAUUCCAAUUUCGAGAAAUUCAAGAAUUGUUGAAUAUGAAUCGGUUUCGGAAUUAAUUAAAUCUCAAAGAGGAUUGGUUCAUCUGGAAAUACAAUAUUGUUCGAUUGGAUUAGGAAAUAUCUUGUCAGCUUUAAAAACUCAAGUAGCUACUCUACGUUUAUUAUUUUUCUCCAACAUUGAUCUGAGUUCCGUAUUAAAUCAUUUAACUCCAUUAUCAAAUUUGGUUACUUUACAAUUUUAUAAUUGUUAUUCUACAAGACCUGAUAUUUCAUUGGAUCAAGUAAUCAAUUUAUCAAAACUUUCAACUUUACAUUUUGACGAUGGUAAAGAUGAAUUUGCCACUCCUGUAAAAAUUGUUGAAACUAUUAUUGACGCUUGUAGCUUUAAUUUACGUUGGAUACAUUUAGGAAAAUUAUCUUAUCCACAAGACUUGGAUGGUGUUGUUAAUCAGAAUGUUAUUAGAUUUAUGGCACCGAGAUUUCUUAAUUUAACUUAUUUCAAAAUUAAUAUAGAAUGUAAAGAGCAAAUACCUCAAGUAAUUGAACUAUUUAAAAAUUGUUCUUAUUUAGAAACUGUUAUAUUAUGUCAAAUAGGAAGUUGUGAAAAAGCAUUAAGCAUAUAUGAAACAAAUUCUAUGCUGGAAACAUUAGGAAGGAAUGGUUUACCUGCUACUUUGAAAUGCUUUGCUCUACGUGGAAAAUGGUGGACAUUUACUUGUAUAUCAUUGGAAAUUUUUCUCGGUUUAAAUGAGAAUUUUUAUGAUCCGAAUUUUUAUCAUGGUAAAAAUCCUGUAUUUGAACUUGAUCUUACAGGUGGAUCUCAGUGUUUUACGAAUCAACAUCUUAAUGCCAUUCUAAAAGCAAAUAGUUAUAGAAUGAUUGUUAAAAAAGUUUUACUAUCUUCGCUUUUGAGCCCAGAGAUGAUAACUAAAGCAGGAGAGCUGAUUAAAUUGGUAAAACCUGAAUCUGAUAAAAUUGCGUGCAUCCAUUAA